UCUCCGGAGACGUGUAGACUGGAGAAGACUUUGACGGUGCCUCCUCCGUCUCUGACACUCUCCACUAGUCCCACAUACCUCUGUCUUGUUGGGACAUCCGCAGAUCUGGGGAGACACACAUCAAACAGGGACGCAAGGUUCAAGGGUGUCAUACUAACUCCACAGCACUAUGGACUACUGUCUCCAACAGAAUUCGAGAGAAGGCUGCAAGCGUCACUGGCAGUAUGGCAGGAGGAAGGGAGGAGAGGGGUGUGGGUUAAGAUACCACUGACCCAAUCGGAACUAGUCCCUUCUGCUGCAAAGCUAGGUCUCCAGUUCCACCAUGCUCACUGCGACCACCUCAUGAUGACCAAAUGGCUCCCCACCUCUGAGCCCAACAACCUCCCUGACUUUGCACACCACUACAUUGGUGUGGCAGGGUUUGUGGUGAAUGCGGAGGGCCAGGUUCUCCUAGUUCAGGAGAAGUGGCUCAAAAGACUUUCCCUGAGACACUGGAAACUGCCCGGAGGACACACCGAGAAAGGGGAAGAAUUGUGGGAGACUGCCAUUCGGGAGACGUUCGAGGAGACGGGAGUGAAGACAGAGUUUGUGGCAAUGCUGUGUUUCAGACACAUGCACGAGUACCGCUGGGGAACGGACGACAUCUACUUUGUCUGUCUCCUCCGUCCCCUCACCACAGACAUCACUGUCAACCCAGCCGAGAUUGCUGAGGCCAAGUGGACGGAUGUGAAUGCAUACAUAGGUGACCCAGAAACGACCACAACCAAUCGCCUCAUAGCCCAGUCCUAUAAAGACGGGCUAGCCAGUGGCUCAUUCAUCCAGCCAGUCUCUUUUCCACACUUCUUUGCCAACAAGAAGGACCUCGUUUUCUACAGUAACCGACCACUGGACGAGGAAGAUAGGAGGAAGGAGAAGAGCGAACCUCACACUAAAUUAUGACCUUUCUUGUUUCUUGUUAAUGAUUAAUGAUCAAACCUAAUAUCAUAUUCCAAAA